CGCAUCCGCGUCCUUUUUCAACUCUGGCCUUGCCCUGUACAAUCACCUUCGUAUUCACUGCUCCGUUUUCACAUUCACAGAGAGAGUACGGUCUCUAAAACCCUAGCAAAAACCCUAGAACCGGAUCUUUCUUUGCAAUGGCUUCUGCAGUGCCUCUCACCAAGCCCUUCUCCUAUCGAACCAAGCGCAUUUCCACUCACGACCCAGAUAUGGGUCCGCAGCUUCCAAUCCCCAUACCCGUCGCCACCGGUACUUAUAAGCUGGUCUACCUGGACUCUCUUCUGGGUGGUGGACUGAAAUUCCUCCCUGACGUGAAAGAGGAUGAAGAUGCUCUGUACAUGAAGAUGAACAUGCCAGGCGUCGGGAAGGAAGGAGUGAAGCUGUGGAUGGACAUGGAGUGUCUGCACAUCAAGGGAGAAGAGAGCAAGGAGGAUGCUGAAGAUGAGUAUGAUUUCAAGGAAGAGAAGAAACCCAAGAAGUACUUUUACGAAUGCCAAAUGGCUCCUGAGCUUUACCAGACUGACAAGAUCAAGGCUCUUAUGAAGAAUGGCGUGCUCAAGAUUGUGGUUCCUAAAGUCAAUACCCAGGAAGAAGAGAAGGAAGGUGUGACUCGGAUUAAGGUUAAUUGAAAGCUUGAGAGAAUGACGCGGUUCUGUUGGUCUUUGAUAUGCUGAUUUUGUUUUUGUUUUCUUGCCACGAAUAAGAGCUGAAUGCAUAUAUGGGUUUUUGGUAUAUGAGCACAAGAACUUUGUUCAGUGCUUUUACUUCUGCGUUUCAAGUUUUAAAGGGAAACUUUUGGUUGUUUGAUGCUUUUCUUAAGACUGUAUAUGUUCUUGUUGCUUGUUUGAUUAUCCUCUGUGAAUGGGUAUCCAAGUUCUAGUAUGUUGUUCGAUUAA